AUGAGCAAUUUCUCUGAUGAAUUUGUCUUUUCAAGUGAUUCACUAUAUCGGUCUCAUAAUUCGGAGCUAAACAUGCUAGAUAACGAGCACUCGAUGCACGUGGUGGGUGGUCAAGAGGAUACACCUUCUCCUACCCAUCAAAGUCCUGACAUGUGGUGGUCUUUGGUCCACUGGAAAGAUCUACCGCAUUGGCAACAAGACAAUCAUCACAUACACGCCAGCUAUCGACGAGCAUCCUACAGCUAUGCGAGGUCAUGGCAAAGUAUAUUUCACUGGCACAAUGAGAGCGUGAACAUCUGGUCACAUCUGAUCCCUGGUGCCCUCGCCCUUCCCGUCGGCGUCAUCUUGUACAAGAUCCUCGAACCCCGAUACGAACAAGCGUCUGCGGCGGAUGUCAUUGCGUUGGGAUGCUUCUUUAUCGGCGCAGCUUUCUGUCUUGGAAUGAGCGCCACCUACCAUACUGUCUCCAAUCAUUCGCCAGCAGUAGCUCGGAUGUGGAAUCAGUUGGACUAUGCAGGCAUUUCUCUACUGGUAGCCGGCUCCUUCAUCCCAAGUGUCUACUAUGGUUUCUGGUGCAAUCCUGAUAGACAGCUGGUGUACUGGACUAUGAUCUGCUCCUUAGGCAUUGCAUGCACAGCAACAUCGGUGCUCCCAAAGUUUCGAACGCCGGCGUGGCGACCAUAUCGGGCGUUGAUGUUCGUCGGCAUGGGAGUGUCUGCGGUGUUCCCCGUACUAGAUGGUCUUCUGACCUUCGGUAUGGAAGCAAUGGAGAAGCAGAUUGGCUUAUCUUGGCUAGUACUGCAGGGAGUGUUGUACAUCGCGGGCGCUGCUCUCUAUGCCGCCCGCAUUCCGGAAUCAUGGUAUCCUGGCAAAUUCGAUACGUUGGGGAGCUCCCACCAGAUCUUUCACAUCCUCAUUGUCCUGGCAGCAAUGUCACACCUAAGGGGACUGUUGAAAGCCUUUGAUUAUCGACAUGGGAAAAUGGGGUCCAUAUGCAUCUGA